AUGCCUUCCGUUUCUAAUCCUAAUGCAACUCCACAAACACCAAUCACCAAUCAAUCAAUCCCUUCGGUUUCUAAUGCAACUCCACAAACACAAUGCUCUAACCAACCUAAUGAUAAUGUUGACUUGAAGGAUCUUCCAGAGGACCCGGCGGAUAGGCCAUUGAUUACAAGUGAUAGAUUUAGAAGAUUCGUUCCUUCAUGGUUUGAUGACUUUGAUUGGUUGGAAUAUAGUGUGAAAAGGAUAGUGCAUAUUGUUUAUAUUGUUAUUUGUGUGGGGACCUCAUGGGACAAAAAGGAGGGAGAGAUGCAUUUGUUUCUCAAGGUUUUGAUACUUGGAAUAAAAAAAGAUGCAUUUCGGACUCAUGUGGGUGGUAUUGAUAGUUUUCACAACAAAGCAAAAGAAAAGUGUGAGUUUUUAAUGAGGGAAAAACAAGCUAUCAAUGUAGUCUUUAGGAGGCAAACCGAAGCAGAGGAUCAUAAAUAUAAAGCUCGAUUACGUGUUUCUAUUAUUGUUGUUAGACUUUUAUUGAAAACCGGUUUACCGUUUCGUGGUCAUGACGAGUCGGUUAACUCGGAAAAUAGAGGGCUAUACAUUGAAGUGUUAAAAGCCAUUCGAGAGACUAGUGAAGAUAUUUUCAACAAUACUUUAGAAAAUGUCCCAAAAAACAAUCAACUAAUUUCCCCUAAAAUUCAAAAAGAACUUGUGCAAUGUUUGGCACAAGAAGUACUUUUGAGUAUUCGUGAAGAGAUUGGUCAAGAUGUUUUUGCUUUACUAGUUGAUGAAUCUAGUGAUGUUUCAAAAAAGGAACAAAUGGCUAUUGUUUUGCGUUAUGUCGAUACUCUUGGCUUUGUGAAAGAAAGAUUCAUAGGUCUAGUGCACGUGAAGGAUACGUCUUCUUUGACACUCAAAAACGCCAUAAAUGAAGUACUUACAAGUAAUAAGUUGAGUUUUAGUCAGAUAAGAGAACAAGGUUAUGAUGAGGCUAGCAAUAUGCGAUGGGAAUUUAAUGUUUGUGCAUCGUGUAAAAGAAAAGACUUACUACGAGAGCAAGCAAGAGAAAGGAUGCAAAAAGGCUUGUGUAGUGGUGAACUUGAAACUGGAAGAGGGUUAAAUCAAGAGACUACACUUGUUCGAGCGGGAGAAACAAGAUGGGGUUCACAUUUCAACACACUCACAAGUUUGAUGAAGUUAUUUGCGGAUGUUCUUGUAGUUUUAGAUUUUGUGAAAGAAGAGGGAGGGUCAUUGGCAAACCGUCAACAAGCAUCUGGAAUCUUAGCAUAUUUUAAAUCAUAUGAGUUCGUGUUUUACUUACAUAUGAUGUAUGACAUUUUACACCUCACGGGUACAUUGUCAAAGCAACUUCAAAGAAAAGAUCUAGACAUUUUAGAAGCGGCUUCGAUGGUUAGAGGGACAAUGGAGGCAUUGCAAUCUUUUAGAAACAUAGGGUUUGCUAGCAUUUUGCCAAAAGUAUCCUCUUUUUGUGAAACACACGAAAUUGAUACUUUGGAUAUGGAAGAGUUGUAUAUUGGUGCGAGAAACCGUAGGACUACAAAGACUAAUAGGUUUCAUUUUGAGGUUGAAAUCUUCAACACGGUGGUAGAUAUGUUACUUACAGGGAUCGAUUUAGUGAAACAAGCACCCAAUUACUAG